AUGGGCAAAAAAAUGAAAGUCGAGCACAACAUUCGCGACACAAGCCACCACGCCGCCAACAUCAAAAAGAGCAACACCAAACCCUCCAAGCAACAAAAGGCCAAACCCUCCAAAGCCCAGCCCGAACCUCAAGCAUCUUCUUCUUCUUCCGCUGCCGCUGACACCAACGCCGCCCACCUCCUCCCCCUACCCUUCCAGCAGCGCCUCCUCUCCUCCUUUGGCUCCGCCUUCAACCCAGUCCUCACCUCCCCCUCCUUCGCGACGAUCCUGCAAGAGGUCAAGGCAGCGCUCUACGCUCGUGACUUUGACGCCGCCUUCACCUCAGCACGCCCCGAGAGCCUGGACGCCUAUGCCGCGCGCUGGAGUCCCACCCGCGCCUUGGGGUACGCCGUCGUCCUUCUGGGCAUCGGGGAGCACCUCCAGGGGCUGGAGGUUCAGCUCAAGACGGCCGAGGAGGAGGAGGAAGAGGAAGAGACUGGGGCUCGAACCGCAGCCAAAGGAGCUAAUGUAGCUGAAAUAGCCAAAGGAGUUGAAAGGCUGAUCGUCAACGAGAAGGCGGGUGAUGCUCACCGGGAUUCGAUGCCCUCCUCCGCCGCCGAGGACGCAGCGGAUGUAGUUGCCCAGGUAGUAGAAUCUGGGUCAUCUGAGGGCAACCUCCCCCUGGGACCCGACGAUCAGGGCGUCCCUCCUCCUGCUGCCCCUCCUCAUCUCGCAGCAGAGGGACCGUCAGAAGGUGAUGCCGUCACCUCUCCACCAGCGGCAGCGGCGGCAGCGGCGGCAGCGGCGGCAGCGGCGGCAGCUCCCACAGCCGCCUCGGAAACUACCGAGACCACCCCCAAGACGCAGAUCAAAAAGACCAUCAAGAUGCUCUCCAUCGGCGGCGGCGCCGCAGAAGUAGCAGCCCUGGCUGCAUACCUCUCCCAGCAACCCGCCUACCUAAAAGGCACAAUCACCCUCCUCGACUCCGCGCCGUGGGGCCCCGUCGUGUCCAAACUCCACGACGCGCUCACGAUCCCGCCGCCCGUCUCGCGGUACGCCAACGACGCGGCCCGCCAAGCCUCCAGCGCGGCCCUGGUCGAGCCGGGCCGCCUGGCCUCAUCUUUCACGCAUCUCGAUGCCCUCGCCAUGACGCGGGAGCAGCUCUCCAGCACUUUAGGCAGUGACGCAUUACUCGUUACAUUACUAUUCACGCUCAACGAGUUAUAUACCGCCGCCGGCAUCGGCAAGACCACCGCCUUCCUCCUAAACCUGACCGCCACCGUGCCCCUCGGCUCCCUGCUCCUCGUCGUGGACAGCCCUGGCAGCUACUCUGAGGCCGCGGUGGGUAAAGAGUCCAAGAAGUACCCCAUGCAAUGGCUGAUGGACCACACCCUCGUCAACAAGCCCGAGAAGGACGGCGUGUUCCCGGGCUGUCGGUGGGAGAAGUUGGAGUCCAAUGACUCCGUCUGGUUCCGCCUCGCCGAUUCUCUAAAGUACCCAAUCUCUCUGGAAAAUAUGCGCUACCAAAUGCACCUGUAUCGCGCAACGAAACCCUAA